AUUUCCGCUAAUUAUUAGUCACCUGUCAUAUGUCACCUGUCUACCUGUCUUAUUAUUUGUUAAUAACUAUUUGAGUUUGUUUUUUGUGUACCUGUUUUUAGCUCAUAAUAAAAUAUAGAAGAACUCUAGAGCUUCUAAUUAAGUGGAUUUUAUGUAUUGUUGUAUUGAUUAAAGUUAGUAAUAAUGAGAUAACAUUAAAUGGGUAGAAAUGGCAUGCUCUCAUUUAUGCCUGUUUAAAGCAAGUACAAACAGGUAUCGUACUGUUGAAAUUUUGCAAUUAUAAAAGUUACAAAUGACAUGGGAAUCUGUCCGAAGAGAUACUUUAUGCUAUCAAUAUGUGUUUUGCAAAUUGUUACUGUCACCCAAAGACAAGUUUUUGAUUUUUUAGGAUUUUUAUGGAUUCCAAUUCUUAUAAAUUUCUUUGAUGUUAUUUUCAUAAUUUUUGGUUUCUUUGGUGCUUUUCAGUAUAGACCAAAAUAUAUAAUUGCUUAUUCGCUAUGGAACUUAUUUUGGCUUGGUUGGAAUAUAUUUCUGAUUUGUUUAUAUCUAGACAUUGGAUCUUUAAAUCAUAAGGAAAGCAAAAUAUUAAAGAUUGAUCCGGAUAGUAGCAGCUGGUGGGAAAAUGGACCUGGAUGUAAAGGUACCCUAAAUAUGACUUCUGUUAUUCCUGUAUGGGAUGAUGUUACUAACUGUUUAGUAGAUUAUAGAUAUGUAGAGGUACUGCAAGCUGGAAUACAGUGUGUACUUGCGGUCUUAGGAGUAUCCUCAGGAUAUUGUUUAAGCAGGUUAUUUAUGGAGGAAGACGACAGCUUUAAUUACUUGGGUGGCGAUGGUAAAAGUCCUGAGCAUUUAGCAUUACAACCAAUGUACGUGAGCUGUAAU